AUGAGCACCAGGCCAAAAAACAUAAGCAUUUCGUAUAUUCCCCAAUGUGAUACAGCAAAGUGUUUACACAGCGAUAUAAAUACUCACCUUCAUGUUACCCUGGCCAAAGACUCACACACUGCUAGUUUACGAGAUUACUACCUGGCACUGUCGAAUACCAUUUGGGAGCGCCUGAGUUUGCGAUGGCUUCGGUCAAAACAAAAAUUUUAUAAGGAAGACAUGAAAAGAGUGUACUAUUUGUCAAUGGAGUUCUUCAUUGGCCGAACCUUAGGAAAUGCUAUUCUUAAUCUUGCUCUUAGGGAUCCCGUUCAAGAAUGCUUGCAUAACAUGGGGCUAAACUUAGAAGACUUGGAAGACUGUGAACCAGAUGCCGCCCUCGGGAAUGGCGGACUGGGGCGUUUAGCGGCUUGCUUUAUGGAUUCGAUGGCCAAUCUAGGAAUCGCUGCAACAGGUUAUGGUAUUCGAUAUGAUUACGGAAUUUUUGAACAAAAACUUAAUAAUGGCUGGCAGUAUGAGGAGGCCGAUGAUUGGCUUUGCUUUGGCAACCCAUGGGAACGAGUGCGUCAAGAAUUUUCCUUCCCUGUAAAUUUUUAUGGUAAAGUUGAAGUGUACGGUGAUCGAAGAACGUGGACAAACACUGAAGUAAUAUAUGCGGUACCUUACGAUACUCCCAUUCCCGGCUACAUGUGCAAUGUCUGUUGCACACUUCGACUCUGGGGAUGCAAGGCACCAAAAAACUUUGACCUGGCAACUUUUAAUACGGGUGGUUAUAUUGAAGCUGUCCUUCAGCGUAACUUAGCCGAGAAUAUCGCUAGAGUGUUGUAUCCAAACGACAACACACUCGAAGGAAAGGAGCUUCGUUUGAAGCAGGAAUACCUGCUUGUUUCGGCGGCUUGUCAGGACAUUCUUAGGCGUUAUCAAAUGGUGGAUGAGCAUGGUCCCAGAAGAAAGGACUUUUCUCAGUUACCCGAAAAAGUUGCCAUCCAGCUUAACGAUACGCAUCCAUCCAUGGGCAUUCCAGAGAUGAUGCGGCUUCUGGUUGAUAUUGAGGGUGUUGGCUGGGACCAGGCUUGGGGAAUCGUCCAAAAAACUUUUUCUUACACAAAUCACACCGUCCUUCCAGAGGCUAUGGAACGUUGGUCAGUUGACCUGAUUGGGAGAAUGUUACCUCGACAUCUAGAGAUUGUUUUCAAAAUUAACCAGGAUUUUUGCGAUAUGCUGCGCAGGAAGUAUCCCAAUGACUCUGAAAGAGUAUAUCGGAUGUCAAUCUUUAACGACGAAGGUUCCAAGAAUUUGAAAACUGCUAACCUCUGCAUAGUCGGAUCGCAUAGUAUCAAUGGCGUUGCUGCACUUCACACAGAGAUAUUGAAGAACUCCGUAUUCAAAGACUUCUAUGAAUUGUGGCCGGAAAAGUUCUCAAACAAAACAAACGGCGUUACCCCACGUCGUUGGCUUAAACUUUGCAAUCCCGGUCUUUCUGACUUGCUGACAGAGAAGCUGGGUGAAGAAUGGGUUGUGGAUUUUGAUAGGAUUCAAGGCAUGAAGAAAUAUGCUGACGACGACUCCGUGCUCGAAGCGCUUAUGAAGAUAAAACAUCAGAAUAAAUUGAAACUUGCCAACUACCUGUUCCACAUAUUGAACGUCGAAGUUAACCCAAAUACCAUGUUUGACAUUCAGGUGAAACGCAUUCACGAGUAUAAACGCCAACUGUUGAAUGCUUUGCACGUCGUCGCAAUGUACAAUAGGAUAAGAAGAGAUCCACAAAUUGAAAUGGUCCCAAGGACGGUCAUGAUCGGUGGUAAAGCAGCACCCGGAUAUCCCCGAGCAAAGCUGAUAAUCAACUUCAUCAAUUGUAUUGCUCGAAAAAUUAACAAUGAUUCUACCGCUAGCUCCAAGCUUAAGGUUGUAUUUCUUCCGAACUACCGCGUCACCUUCGCGCAAUACAUAAUACCCGGCGCCGAUCUGUCGCAGCAAAUCUCAACUGCAGGCAUGGAAGCUUCGGGCACCGGAAAUAUGAAGUUCAUGAUGAAUGGAGCCCUUACGAUUGGCACUCUUGACGGAGCGAAUGUUGAAAUGGCAGAGGAAGCGGGUCGUGAGAAUAUGUUUAUCUUCGGUCAUACAGUCAAUGAGCUGGACGAUCUAAAGUGCAACGGGUAUAAUCCGACCUCCUUUAUUGCCAACUCUCCGGAACUCCGCGAGUGCCUGGAUCAGAUAAAAAAUGGCUUCUUCUGCCCCGAAGAGCCAGAACGGUUCAAGGAGCUAUACGAUGAACUGACUGGUCGCGAUUAUUACAUGCUUUGCGCUGACUUUACCAAGUACCUAAUUGCUCAAGCUGCAGUUGAAGACACCUACAAAGCAAGUAAUCAGAAGAAAUGGGCCCGCAUGUGCCUCUUAAACAUUGCCUCCAGCGCUAAAUUCUCCUCUGAUCGCACAAUCGCAAGCUAUGCUCGAGAAAUCUGGAAUGUGCCAUGUGACAGGCUCAUCCUUCCACCUCCCAUCUUCGAUCCCAAUGCAGGCGAAGGGAGCGCCUUUAGGCGCCCGUCACGUUCGUCGAUUGAUAAUCGUUUUCAUGCUGUCAAGUGCCAGAAAAAAAAUAAUGCCUUGCCGUACCUACAGCCUUCGGCCUCAAAUACUUUAGCAGAGGCGAUUGGUUGGAAGGCUAGACUUGGUAUUUUAGCUGCGUUAUGUUCAACGGUUUGGAAUAACAUAAAUGAUUGUGACGAGACCUUCAACUACCUGGAACCCCUUGGAUUCAUCGUCUCCACGGCAAACAAUACCGGAUUCCAAACGUGGGAGUAUUCUCCCCAGUUCGGCCUACGUUCAUAUUUGUAUCUUUGGGUAGUCGGAUGGCCUGCUUACGUUUUGGCUAGAUUUGGGUUACCGGGGUGGUUGCAAUUCCUCGGAGUCAGAUUGCUUUUGUCCCUGGUGUCUGCCAUGUCUUCUAGUCUACUGGCGGAUUCCAGUUCACUAUAUCUCUAUCCCGAUAAUGGGCUUAAACGGCUCACAUUCAGAGUUUUAUUUUGUCUAUUUCAUUCAGCCGCUCCCGGUAAUUUUAUUUCUGCUUCUUCAAGUGUUCCAAGUGCUUUGGUUGCUUCUCUAACGUCAUUGAUGUUGAGUUCAUGGAUAAGUGGCCAAUACUUCUGCAGCGUGGGUGCCGUUGCUGUUAGCACCAUCAUUGUGUGGCCAUUUUCAGCCGUUCUCGGAGUACCCUUGGCACUCUUCCUAAUUUUUUCUGGAAUGAUUGCCCAACUUAUGGUGUAUUCUAUAUUUUGGGCACUUGCUCUUAUCACGCCAAUGGUACUUAUUGACACUUUCUACUAUGGAAGAUUGAUAUUUCCUACUUGGAACAUAAUUUCCUAUAAUGCGCUUUCCAGUCUUAAAGGCCGAAGCCUCUCACAGCUUUAUGGGACGGAAACAGCAGCCUACUACGUUAUAAACUACUUCUUGAAUUAUAAUAUUGUAAUCGUUUUCAUCGCAAUCUUCACAAUACCAGUGUUUACCUGCGUCGCUCUCAGAAUUGGAUGGAAAACUGAAACAGGCUUCCACCAAAGGGCUUUCACUCUGCUCUGUAUUGCGCUGAUGCCCCUCUUCAUGUGGAAUUUGGUGUUUUUCAUCCAAUCUCAUAAAGAAGAACGCUUUCUCUUCCCAUGCUUCCCCUGUUUGGAUUUGCUUGUCACUCUCCUAAUCGGGAAAAUCCCAACUGGUACACCUUUCUCUAUCUCCAUUGUGCUAUCCUUUCUGCUUCUCUUUAUUGGACUGAGUUUGUCCAGAAUUCUUGCGCUGACACAAGGUUACAGCGCUCCAAUGUACCUCGCCCAGCACUUGCCAGUCUCGGAGGCUUUAAAAACGCUCUGCACCGGCCGUGAUUGGCAUCAUUUUCCAAGCCACUUUCUCCUACCUCGUGAAAAUCACGGCUGGAGGGUGCACUUUCUGCGAUCCAACUUCUCUGGUCAGCUCCCCGGAAAGUUUGCCGAAGGAGUCGGCAUCCUUGAAGCCACCCGAUUUCCAAGCAGUCAUUUCAAUGACAUGAAUUUACCCGAAGAGGGUACUUUCUUUAACCUCGAAAAGUGUGACUACGUUCUUGAUCGGCUCUCAAAACCUGGAGAAAAUGAGGUGCAGUACUCGGAAGAUACGAGAACCUGGCGCGUUCUGCUCACUAGACCCAUUCUAGAGCGAAAUCAACUACCUUUAAAUACAACGGAAUCAUUGCUCCAAAAGGCUUUCAUGCACAGACCUGUUGACGUGGACGGCCACUUUUGUUCACCUGCUCGCAGUGUGAUGUUGUUUCGGAGAUUCAGUAUCAAUGCUCCGUCUGAAGAUCAGAUUCCUGAACGCAACGUUAGCAAUGGCUAA